AUGUGUAUAUCUGACUCAUGGGCGAGUCAGGUGUGUAUAUAUGCCCCCCCCCCUGACACCUCUGCAGUGGAGGGUUCCCCUGACACCUCUGCAGUGGAGGGUUCCCCUGACACCUCUGCAGUGGAGGGUUCCCCUGACACCUCUGCAGUGGAGGGUUCCCCUGACACCUCUGCAGUGGAGGGUUCCCCUGACACCUCUGCAGUGCAGGGUUCCCCUGACACCUCUGCAGUGGAGGGUUCCCCUGACACCUCUGCAGUGGAGGGUUCCCCUGACACCUCUGCAGUGGAGGGUUCCCCUGACACCUCUGCAGUGGAGGGUUCCCCUGACACCUCUGCAGUGGAGGGUUCCCCUGACACCUCUGCAGUGGAGGGUUCCCCUGACACCUCUGCAGUGGAGGGUUCCCCUGACACCUCUGCAGUGGAGGGUUCUCCUGACACCUCUGCAGUGGAGGGUUCCCCUGACACCUCUGCAGUGGAGGGUUCCCCUGACACCUCUGCAGUGGAGGGUUCCCCUGACACCUCUGCAGUGGAGGGUUCCCCUGACACCUCUGCAGUGGAGGGUUCCCCUGACACCUCUGCAGUGCAGGGUUCCCCUGACACCUCUGCAGUGGAGGGUUCCCCUGACACCUCUGCAGUGGAGGGUUCCCCUGACACCUCUGCAGUGGAGGGUUCCCCUGACACCUCUGCAGUGGAGGGUUCCCCUGACACCUCUGCAGUGGAGGGUUCUCCUGACACCUCUGCAGUGGAGGGUUCCCCUGACACCUCUGCAGUGGAGGGUUCCCCUGACACCUCUGCAGUGGAGGGUUCCCCUGACACCUCUGCAGUGGAGGGUUCCCCUGACACCUCUGCAGUGGAGGGUUCCCCUGACACCUCUGCAGUGCAGGGUUCCCCUGACACCUCUGCAGUGGAGGGUUCCCCUGACACCUCUGCAGUGGAGGGUUCCCCUGACACCUCUGUAGUGGAGGGUUCCCCUGACACCUCUGCAGUGGAGGGUUCCCCUGACACCUCUGCAGUGGAGGGUUCCCCUGACACCUCUGCAGUGGAGGGUUCCCCUGACACCUCUGCAGUGGAGGGUUCCCCUGACACCUCUGCAGUGGAGGGUUCCCCUGACACCUCUGCAGUGGAGGGUUGA